CCAAUUCUCUUUUGUUCUUCGAUUCCAUUCUUCUUCCUUUCUUCCCCUUCUCUAUCCCAUUCUCCUCCAUUACUGGCAAACCCGUCUUCCCUUCUUCUUCUCCGGCAUUGGUGAUCUUCCUUUCAUCUGUGACUUCUUCGUCCCUUCAUUGCCCCUCGAUCUCUCUUUGGUUCAAGCUUUUCUACCCUAGCUCUUCCCUUUAAUAAAACCCAGUAACCAACUCUAUUCUUGAUCUGGCUUUCACUACAUUUUGGCAUCCUCUCACUCCUGCCCCUUUCUUUCUCUACAGCCAUUGGGGCUAAGCCUUCCUCUCCACUCGUGCCUCAUUCCCUUCCGAUUGAACCAUAUAAAACCCAAUGGUCUCGAUCUAGGUUUGGCAAUAGUGGAAUAGUUGCGCACCUUGUCGGAAGUGAAAUCCAGAUCUGACACGGGGGGGAUCAGUGCGACGAGGAUCCGGGGUUGUCAUCAUCCUCAGACAUUUGAUGGGCGCAGUCGUGAUGCAUGAGAGAGAGAAACUUCCCUCCCCAACCUUUCCACGCACAGCCUCUGAUCUGAUGAACCCUUUUCAAGCUUUCAACUUUCGUAAUGAUGAGAUUGAAAUUUCAGAUCCAAAAUCAUGGGUAGGGGAAAACGAAUAGAAAAUUAUCGAAGGUUUUUUUCUGUUUGGUGAGAGAGAAAGUGGAGGAUGGAGGGAUGGGAUUCUAGUAUGGGAGAGAGAAUGGAGGUAAGCUUAGUUUAAAUGGUAACAAUGGGAGAGUGAACAGUGGGCAGUGGUGGUUGCUGUCUCUCUGAGCACUGGGAUUCUCAUCUCCAUUUCUACACCUGCAGAUUGAAGGGAAAAAAACUAUGAAUCACAAACAAAAGUGCGAAUAUUUG